UGAAAAACGAGGAAUUUCCUGGUGAGCAACGACAACACAGGAAGAUGAAUGUGGGCGUAGCUCACAGUGAGGUGAACCCCAACACGAGGGUGAUGAACAGCAGAGGAAUAUGGCUCACCUACCUGCUGCUCACCGUCGUGUUGCACAUCGUCCUGCUCAGCAUUCCUUUCUUCACUGUGCCGCUCGUCUGGACCCUUACCAAUGUCAUUCACAACCUGGUGAUGUACCUGUUUCUACACACAGUGAAGGGCACUCCGUUUGAGACACCAGACCAAGGCAAAGCUCGUCUGCUCACACACUGGGAACAGAUGGACUACGGAGUCCAGUUCACAUCUUCGCGAAAAUUCCUCACUAUCUCACCAAUUGUUCUGUAUAUUCUUGCCAGUUUCUACACAAAAUAUGAUCCCACACAUUUCCUUAUCAACACAAGCUCCCUCCUUAGUGUCCUCCUCCCAAAGUUGCCUCAGUUUCAUGGAGUACGGAUAUUUGGGAUCAACAAAUACUGACAGAACUGACUUACUGGAUUUUAACCACCAACACUGGACUUGCAGUUUUCUGUUUCUGCUGAACUAUUUUAUGUUUAGAGGUUGAGGAGAAAACAACCAGUUGGAUUUGUCUUAACUGUGCACACUGUGUGGAGUAAUGUGUGACAUUUGCAGUUUGUGCUGCCUCUUGGAGCUUGGAAAAAAAAAGACGGUAAAAGCACCACUGCUGUACCAAAUGUCUUUUUUUUUUUUUUCUUAUUGAUCAGAUGUAUAUCAAAAGCCAGACACUUUGUUCUUGGCAUCAAGCGAGAGCAAAUUUGAACUGCACUGCUUUCAAAUUUAUGUUUAUUGAUGAUUUUAAAAAUGUCAUCACCCUCUGUCUCGGCCUCUCUGUUAGAAACUGCACAUCUGUAAAACUGUCCAGCUGUUGUGAAUGUGAAUGAAUUCAUUGUGGCAGUUUGGUUCAUGCUCUAAUAACACUUGCACAAGUUUCCGUUUUCUUUCAUGUUUUUUGUUUUCUCGAUUUACUGUGAACGAUUUACACGCAGCAUGCAUUUACACGGCUACAAUAAACACUGCAGUCUUUACUUUGCUGUUAUACACAUAAUCAUGUAAUUUACUGCUUGCUUUAAGCUGGAUGUCUUUUCCCACUUAUAAAAUGAGCAGUGAACGCUCCACGGUGUGUACA